AUGAAAUCAAAGAAUGACUUAUUGUUAAUAUUAACUAUUGAGUCGGUUGUUAUUGGAGUCGUUCUUGGCUUCGUUAUAAGACCGUUUAAUCCAAGUAAUGAUACAAUCAGUCUCAUUGGAUUUCCAGGAGAGAUAUUCAUGCAAAUCGUCGAGAUGAUGAUUCUUCCCAUGAUUAUAUCUUCCGUUAUAUCCGCUUUAGCCCAAUUAAGAGCGCGUGAUGCUGGUCAAAUCGGUUUGGUUACAGUCAUAUAUUAUGUGAUAACUACAUUCCUAUCAACAUUUACAGGAAUAAUUUUGGUCUCAUCGAUUCAUCCAGGUGAUCCGCAUCUCAUCCAUAUGCUUGGCGAAGGUACAUUAGAUGAUACAGCAUUAUCUACUUUGGACACUUUUCUCGAUCAAAUCAGGAACAUGUUCCCUGAGAACAUAAUACAAGCCACUUUUCAACAAGUUCAAACAAAUUAUGUCGCUGUAAAACCAAAAAUGCAAAGAGCUGGAGGGAAUACUACACUGGAAAAGCCAAUUAUGAAGCCGAUAUUGGAAUAUACCAAUGAAAUGAAUGUCCUAGGAUUGAUAGUCUUUUGCACUGGAUUUGGUGUGAUUUUAAGCAUUCUUGGUGAACAAGCAAGAUUGAUGAUAAAUUUUUUUAUAGUAUUAGAUGCAAUAAUUAUGAGAUGGAUUUCUGCACUCAUGUGGUGCUAUCCAAUUGGAAUUCUUUCGCUUGUUUGUAAAAAUAUCGUCGACAUUGAUAAUUUGUCGGAAACAGCGCAAGCUUUAGCAAUGUACGUUGUAACAGUAAUUUGUGGGCUAAUGAUUCAUUCAUUACUUACAUUACCUCUUCUAUAUUUCAUUGUAACCAGGAACAGUCCAUUUCAAUUUAUGACGGGAAUGUUGCAAGCAUUAGCGACAGCUUUUGGAACUGCUUCAAGCGGUGCAACAUUACCAGUAACAUUUCGUAGUUUAGAAGAAAAUCUUAAAAUUGAUCGACGAGUUACCAGAUUUGUUUUACCUCUUGGAGCGACAAUAACAAUGGAUGGAACGGCUCUAUAUGAAGCCGUUGCAGUAAUUUUUAUUGCUCAGCUAAAUAAUAUUCAAUUGUCGCUGCUUGAACUUUUAACAAUUAGCGUAACGACAACAGUUGCUUCCAUUGGUUCUGGUUCUGUGCCAGCCGGAUUGGAUACAAUUUUAAUUGUUCUCACAACAGUUGGUCUUCCAGCAAAUAACCUUAGCCUACUCUUAACUGUCGACUGGCUCUUAGACCGAGUCAGAACCAGUGUUAACGUAUUAGGUGAUGGUUUUGGUGCAGGAAUUAUUCACCAUAUGACAAAAGAGCGUUUAAUAGAAGCUGACAGUGAAGAACUAAUACAACAAAUAAAAAAUGAUAUAUGUAAGUUUCUUACCAAGUUAAAACCUUGUAUCAAUUUAUAUUCUCCUUAUUUCGUUUAUGCCUAUUUAAGCCUCUAA